GUCUCAGAGUAUCAGGAUGUCUUUCAGGACAUACCUGGAUUACCUCCGGUGAGAGAGGUGGAGUUCUGUAUCGAGUUGCAGCCAGGCACAGCCCCGAUAUCCCGCGCACCCUAUCGCAUGGCACCAGCUGAGAUGAGGGAGCUUCAGACCCAGUUGGAUGAGUUGUUAGCUCAGGGUUUUAUUCGCCGGAGUCAUUCUCCGUGGGGCGCACCGGUCCUCUUCGUGAAGAAGAAGGACGGUAGUAUGAGAUUAUGCAUAGAUUAUAGAGAGUUGAACAAGGUCACUAUCCGGAAUAGGUACCCACUACCUAGGAUUGAUGACUUGUUUGACCAGUUGCAGGGUGCGCAGUAUUUCUCGAAGAUUGAUCUUCGUUCUGGCUAUCAUCAGUUGCGGGUUAGGGAGAUUGAUAUUCCCAAAACCGCCUUUCUUACUCGAUAUGGUUCUUUCGAGUUCUUGGUCAUGCCAUUUGGGUUGACCAAUGCACCCGCGGUAUUCAUGGACUUGAUGAACCGGGUGUUCCGUCCCUUCUUAGAUCAGUUCGUGAUCGUUUUCAUCGAUGAUAUUCUCAUUUACUCGAGGUCGGAGGCGGAUCAUGAGGAGCAUCUACGGAUAGCAUUGAGGACUCUUCAGGAGCAUCAGUUGUAUGCUAAGUUCAGCAAGUGCGAGUUUUGGCUUUCAGAAGUUAGAUUUCUUGGCCAUGUCAUCAGUCGAGAGGGUAUAGCAGUGGACCCGGCUAAGGUCACGGCAGUCCUUGAUUGGGAGCCACCGAAGACGGUGACAGAGAUUCGCAGCUUUUUGGGCUUAGCUGGAUAUUAUAGGAAGUUCAUUCAGGACUUCUCGAAGAUUUCGACGCCUAUUACACACCUUACGAAGAAGGGUGUACAGUUCAUAUGGAGCAUGGAGUGCCAGAAGGCCUUUGAUAUUUUGAAGACUAAGUUGACUACAGCGCCGGUUUUGACUAUUCCGAGCAGUGACAGAACAUUUGUUGUGUAUACGGAUGCAUCAUUGGCAGGCUUAGGAGGCGUAUUGAUGCAGACUCAGAGAGUGGUGGCCUAUAUCUCACAGCAGUUGAGGGUGCAUGAGCAGAACUACCCCACUCAUGACUUGGAGUUAGCAGCAGUGGUGUUUGCACUGAAGUCAUGGAGGCACUACUUGUAUGGAGUGCAGUUUGAACUAUUCACAGACCAUCAGAGUCUGAAGUACCUCUUUUCUCAGAAGGAACUCAAUCAGAGGCAGAGGAGGUGGAUUGAGUUUAUCAAGGACUACGAGUUCGCGAUUCAGUAUCAUCCAGGGAAGGCGAACGUCGUAGCAGAUGCUUUGAGUAGGAAGCGUCGGCAUCGGGUUGCGGCUUUGAGGUGUUCCUUGUACAGAGAUCUUAUCACUCUUAGCCAGUUUGAUAUUAAACCUGAGAUUGGAGGAACCAGGACUACCAAGAUGUACAAGGACCUGAAGAGGCAUUUCUGGUGGAGUGGUAUGCGGAGAGAGAUUGCAGACUAUGUGGCUAGAUGUUUUACCUGUCAACAGGUGAAGGCAGAGCAUCAGAGACCGGCAGGGACACUGCAGCCUUUACCCAUUCCAGAGUGGAAGUGGGCAGAUAUUUCCAUGGAUUUUAUUGUGGGGUUGCCGAAGUCGAAGAAGGGGAAUGAUUCAGUUUGGGUGAUAGUGGACCGGUUAACGAAGUCAGCACAUUUUAUUCCAGUGAGGACCACUUAUACAGCCGAGACUUAUGCGAGGAUCUUCAUUCGGGAGAUAGUUCGACUUCACGGGGUCCCGGACACGAUCCAGAUCCUAGCCGCUCAGAGCCGGCAGAAGAGUUAUGCAGAUAAGAGGCGAAGACCCCUAGAGUUUCAGAUUGGGGAUUUGGUUAUGUUGAAGGUAUCGCCUAUGAAAGGCAUGCAGCGGUUCGGGAGGCGAGGGAAGCUUGCAUCGAGAUAUAUUGGACCUUUCCAGAUUUUGGAGCGUAUUGGAGCGGUGUCAUACAGACUAGAUCUUCCAGCAUCUAUGUCUAGUGUGCACAAUGUGUUCCACAUCUCUAUGCUCAAGAAGCACUUGCAUGAUGAGGAGCAGCAGCGAGUGUUGGAUAUACCGGAGAUUGAGCUUCGGGAUGAUUUGUCUACUAUUGAGAUCCCAGUGUCUAUUCUUGCUAGAGAAAACAAGAGACUCAGGAACAAGGUGAUUCCAUUGGUGAAAGUUCAAUGGAACCGAAGUGGAGUUGAGGAAGCUUCUGUAGACGGGUCCUUUGGCGAAGCAGACAAUAAAGCAGGAGUAGUUCUGGGUAGCCCUGAUGGGUCAACACACGAGUACUCCAUCGCUUUUGAUUUCUCUACCUCGAAUAACGUGGCUGAAUAUGAAGCACUUUUGGCGGGUCUUCAAGCCGUCUUGAUAGUGAAAGCUGAGCGCCUCUACAUUUUGGCUGACUCCCAUCUUGUGGUUCACCAAGUAAAUGGGGAGUAUGCGUCCAAGGAUUUGAGGAUUAUCCUGUAUCUGAAGAUGGUCAAAGAACUAUUGAGCAACUUCAUGGACUUCAAGAUUGCCCAAGUCCCCCGCGUCCUCAAUGCUCGGGCGGACGCCCUAUCCAAGCUUGGAUCAACAUACUCAAAAGGAAAUCAGGGCCUGUGUACAGAAAUACCCUCAAGCAUCCUAGCAUCACGGAGACGUCAAACACAGUAUUGCAGACCGAGACGUCUACAAAACCUUGUUGGAUGGUUCUAA